AUGUUGACCAUGCACAGGCAGUUUGGAAAGUUGAUGAAGAGGUCCGCUGAUGAAAGCCAGGUGUCGGUGCUUCUCAAAGACUUUGACAACGCUGAUAAGCUCCUGACCAAGAUCAUCGACUCAAGUAAAGCAUGGAGAGACGCAUGGUCAUCCAUCCUCACCUACCAAGCGAGGCUACUUCAAGAAUUUGAAACGCUCUAUCAGCCAAUUGUUGGCUCAUCGGAACCUACUGCCCAUCCACCCGCCAUAACCCCCGAGGCUACUUUGGCGAGGACUGCUCGACUCGCGGAGGAAUAUGAAUCCCUACGGACUGAUCUCUUGGAGGAAAUACAAAACGUGGAUACUCGAAUGAUCAAGCCCGCGAUGGAGGCGAAGGAUUAUCUACAACCGAUGAAGAAAGUGAUGAAAAAGAGAGAAGACAAAAAGCUUGAUUAUGAACGCUACCAAAGUAGAGUUGACGCAGCACGGAAGAAAUCGAAACGGUCGGAUAGGGAGAAUUCGGCUCUCGCUAAAGCUGAACUAGACCUGAACAAAGCGAAAGAGGAAUAUCAAGCGGCAGAUGAUCAUAUUCGUUCUCAUUUACCCGGCCUUAUAGCUGCCACAUUUUCCCUACUCCCACACAUCCUCUCCGCUCAAAUUGAAAUCCAGAAUACUCUACUCGCCCUAUACUACACGUCACUCCACAACUAUUCCUCGGAGCAAAAUUUCCCAUCUCCACCGCCUGCCAUGGAUGUAGUGAUCCAAACCUGGGAGCGGGAUUUCCUCCCCACGCAAAGGGAGGCGGAAUCAAUUGCCUGUUUGUCACACACUAAACCCGGACGGCAGCCCAGAAUCUCGGAUGAGCAUAGAAACGGCGUGAUAUCGAACGGGCUAAGUGCGCGCCAUGGCGGUGCCGCUCCUACUAUCCGUAAACCAUCUCUCUCCCCGGUUCGCACAAUGCAUGCACCUCCGAACGUUCCAACAGAUACCCGACCGCGCAUAAAUGGCUUCCAUACUGCGCCAGCAGGAAAUUUAACGACAACAACCACUAUCAGCCAAUAUUCGCCCCCAAGAAUAAGCCCAACUCCGUCUGAAUCGACGGACCAUUCCGCCUACUAUACCCCUCCGCAGCAAAAUUAUACACAUCCAGUUUCGCGAACCCCCCAAAUCUAUACUUCUGCGCCCUCGGCCGCAAUGGCUUCAAUGGCUGCAGCUGUGGCGAAGAAGAAGCCUCCACCGCCCCCGCCCCCACGGUCGGGCUCAUCCUACGCCCGUUUUGUCACUGCACUCUAUGAUUUUGAUGGCCAGGGAGCAGGUGAUCUUGUGUUUAGGGAAGGUGACCGUAUCCGGGUUAUCAAGAAGACCGAGAGCACUGAUGACUGGUGGGAAGGCGAACUCCGGGGUGUAAAGGGCAGUUUCCCUGCCAAUUACUGUUCCUAA